AUGGAAGAACUAGACGAGGCGUGGAACGACUUUGUCGCCAUCGACGCCGAUCCGCCGCCCAAGCGGGAGAUCUGCUCUCGGUGCGAACGUCCCAACACCGCCUGCUACUGCUCUGCCAUCACCCCCAGUCCAAUUCCGCUUCGAAAUCACCUGAUCAUGCUGCAGCACCCAAACGAGGUGAAGCGCUGCCUGCGCACCACCAAGAUCAUCGAACUCUCACUUCCGCCCUCGCACUACCACCUCUACCGAGCGAAGCGAUUCACCCCCAAGCGCUUCCCCGACCUCUUCGCGCUGCUCGACAGCGGCGAGCGGGAGAAUAUUCUGCUUUUUCCCUCACCGACCGCAGUUCCCCUCGCCUCCCUGCCGCCGAUUCCAGAGAAAACGGGUUCGAAAUCUGCAACUGCCUACAACAUCGUCGUCCUCGACGGCACCUGGAGCCAGGCGAAGGUGAUGUUCAACUCGAACGCCACGCUGCGCUCGAUGCGCUCCGUCGCCCUCGACAACACCGCCCCCAGCCGCUACGUCAUUCGAACUCAGCCCACCGAGACCUGUCUUUCGACGGUCGAAGCAGUGGCUCUCCUGCUGGCCCACCUCGAAGAGCAGCCCGACAUUGUUGAGCUGCUAACCAGCCCGCUGAAGACCAUCUGCGACCACCAGAUCAACAAUGGGGCGGUGGAGCACCAGAGCAAGGAGUACCUGAUCACCAACGGGCUGUACGGGAAGCCGCUGAAGAAGCGCGUGAAGAAGUACCUUGAUCUCAAUCUGAAGCUGAAUAUUAAGGAUCUGGUUUGCUAG